UCGAGCCAGUGUGUCCUUACAGCAGGAACAGAAAAGCUGUAGAGAUUUCCUUUGAAGUUGGCUUCUGCCUGGAGAAGCAUGGAAAUUUGAUUAGCUCUCACUUUUUUUGACACCGCCCCUCUUUGAGGAUUUUAGGUGACAUUUGGAGCUAAAGCUCAAUCCCUUAUAAAUAUCUGAGGAGGGCAGAGGGACACUCAGAAUCUGGCAACCGAGGAGUAGAUUUGGACUAAAGCCAUGGAUAUACAGCAACCUUUCCUACUCUUUCUGUGCGUCCUCCACUUGACCUUAAUGGGAGUGCUGAGCAAGCACGUUGACCACAGGAACCUGUUUACACAAAGAGUGUGCUGCAAGAGGCAGAGCCACUUUGUGUACAUUGGACAAGAUAUUUUAGGAAGUCACAUCAGUGUAGAUGUAGGAAUGUGCAGAUCGCAUUGUGGGGCUCCAACAACACCAUCGUAUGAAGCAGGGAAGCAGCAAUACUCAAAAUAUUCUUCAAUGCUGGACUUCCUCAAGAGCAAAAAAACGAGGACACGUGGACCCGCUGCUUCACAGAGCGCAGGUCCGCUGAACCACCUGCCUUCAUGCGGCGUGACUCAGGUGUGUGAGCCGACUGGGAUGCGCGUGGAUCGGCUUCUUCUGUCCGAGGGACCUCGAGAAGUGGCGGUCAUCGAGGACUGUCACUGUGAGAUCAAGCUGGCCCAGUGCAUCCGAGUUCCCGGACUGAGGACAUACUUCUCUGAAACACCGUAUGAGACAGUCAUUGACGUGGGAGGAUGUUCCCAGUCGAAAGGAUCCCCAGAUGGAUUCUCCUGUGUCCCCACAAAGUUUGAAUCAGCCUUGGUAGAAACCCCUAACGAAGUGGAUCUCAUACAGACUGUGGCAGCCUGUGAGCUGAAGGAAAGCUGUUACAGGGUUCGAUACGUGGAGUAUUAUUAUGAAACAGUCCACCAUGCAGAGGGAAUCAAAGAAGAGAAGCUCAAAGAAAUAGAUGUGGGCAGAUGUUUGGGAAGCUGCACUACAGGAAACCGAUGCCUUCUCAGGAGUCCAUCUGAUCCAGAAAUCUGCCACUUGUGGUCCGAGAGACAGUCCAGUUCCUGUGUUCCUCAGGGAUAUGAGAGCCACAGCUUUGUGAACCAGUAUGGGCAGAUUCGUACAAUCCUGUCCAUCACUUCCUGCCAUUGUCGAAACUAAUCACAGCCCCCUCUGCUGGAAAAAACAAACAAACUUGAAAGACUUGAAGAGGUUGCCACAGUUGGGCCCCAUAUUUACAGUAGCCCAUUGAUGACCCCACGGAAUAGUGAAUAUUAAAGUGAAUUUUUAUUAUUGUAUCAUAUGUAAUAUAUGUAAGAUGCUAAAUGUGUAAAUAAAUUUAA